AUGUGGAGCUGUCCUUGGUCUAAGAAGGUUUGGAAAUUCUCAUUCUUAAAUGGAGUUUAUAAACAAUGGAGAGAACCUAGUUUCAUUGACUUGCUUGCGCAUGUGGUUAAAACUUCCUCCAACGAGGAGGUUGAAUUGUUCAGUGUUAUCUGUUGGUUACUUUGGAAGAGCAGGAACAGAUUUAAGCACGAAGGAGUUGUGGAGGAGAGUAAGCAUAUUGUAUGGAGUGCGAAUGAGUGGUUAAACACCUUCCAAGAUGCACAAAGGAGUAAUGAGACCGUGACUAAUGAUGCAACACAAAAGAGAGUGCAAGUCAAGUGGAGGCCACCUACUGCACCAAAUCUGAAGUUAAAUACUGAUGCAGCAAUAGAUUAUAAAAAGAAGAAGGCUGGUCUAGGCAUGGUUGUACGAGAUGGUGAGGGGAAAUUGAAGUGUGCAGGGCACAAGGUACUGCCAGGAAACCCAUCUAUUGUUGCUAUUGAAGCUCUUGCUGUCUAUCAUGGACUACUUUUGUGUAGAGAAGCUGGUUUUCAGAAAUUAGUAGUGGAGAGUGAUUCCACCAUAGUAAUUGAUGCGUUGAAUAAGACAGAGCUUGAUCUUAGUGUGGAGGGUGGAGUCUUGGAUGAUAUUAAGUGCUUGGCUUCAACUUUCAAAUCAGUCCUGUGGAAGAAAGUCAAUAGAGAAGGCAAUAUUGCUGCACACAAGAUGGCAAAGCAUGCCUUGAUAGCUGACAAAGAUAGACUCUGGCAGGAAGCAGGGCCACCUUGGCUUACUGAUAUCAUUUUAGAUGAAUGUAGAAAUUGA